CUUCUCAGCUCCUCUGUGAGUGUGAACGUCUCGUCAACAUCUGCAGUUUUUGGCUGGACAUUACAUGAUGGAAAUACUUUGCAUAUUUGUUUGGAUGAACGGUGUUGGGACCUGUCGCAGUUUCAUUCGCUCCUCCAGGUGACAGGGUUACAACCUGGGCGUCUUUACAAUGUUAGUUUAGAAAAGACAAUACUCAUCCCUCAUCGCCAAAUUACUGUUACACAAAGCCUACGGCUGGCCAUAAAAACAGGUCAGUGUCCAGCAGGUUGGCUUGCCGUGGAGUGGAGCUGUUACAAGGUAAAUCCAGGGUUCCUGUCAUGGGAUGCAGCCCAGCGAGCUUGUGAAAGAUCAGAGACGUCCACACACCUGGCCAACAUAAAGACAGAUGCAGAGUUUCAAUACAUCACAAACUUUCUGCAGUUCUAUAGUCAUCUUCUUCUGUUGUGGACGGCUUUGAAUGACCAACAGACGGAGGGCGAUCGCCGCUGGUCUGAUGGCUCUGCCUACAGUUUGGGUAUUGAUGUGACAUCAGCACUCGCAGCCAAUCAAACAGGUUGUUUUGCAAUGCAGAAGAAUGCCGCUGGACCAGGAUAUUUCUUUACAGCUUUCCCAUGUUAUUUGCUGCUCCCCUACAUAUGUCAAGUUGACUUAUUGCAGAACAGCAGUGUUCGUCUGUAUCUGGAGAGUGUAUGUGAGACAGAAGCCGUGUUUGUCUGGUUUAAUGAAUCUCAGCUGGAUUUACCCGAUGGUUCUUUGCUGAUUCUGCACUCAGAAGAUGAGUUGAUGGACCAAUCUGUGCCACAAAUAAUCACAAACACCCGAGACAGAGUGAGAGUUGAAGGUCUGUUUCCAGGUCACGUCUAUCAUUUCUCUUUAAAUCUAAAACACCCCAGUGGGGCAUCUCAGACGCUUGGACCCGUUCUCAUCACCAAUACAAAACCAAAUCCUCCCCAGCACAUUACAGUAACAGCUGUCACAUCCAAUCAGAUUUCAGUAUCGUGGGCUGCCCCAGAUUCUACCCAGAAUGCUUUGUUUGAGAAAUAUAUUGCGCGCUGGGUGGAUGUAGCCUCCGGUAGAGGCCGUUCGGUUGAGUUAGACAAGAUGAAUCUGAGCGCUGUGAUUGGUGGGUUGAAGGCCUGUCAGACGUAUAGGAUUACGGUGGUGUCAGUCACUGCUCAAGGUGUGGAGAGCUCUGAGAGUGCGACGCUGACUGUCACCACAGCGGUCAGUCCUCCACGCACGAUCUCGGUUGAGGCUGUUGGUCUGGACAACAUGACCGUGUGUUGGUGGCCUUCGCUGGAUGAAGAAGUGAAAGAAUAUUACAUCCAUCUCCGCUCACAAACCAAACGAGCCCAGACUAGAGAAUUAUGGGUAAAUGGCUCCUGCAUCUCUCUAACCAUGCUCAUACCAGGUGGUACCUAUGAAGUGGGCGUGGCUGCAAAGAGGGGCGGGAACAUGAGCGCAGAGAUCACCGUGCAACAGACACUAAAACCUGACAGCGUCCAGAUAGCCGUCCCGUUGGCAGUCGGCACACACUCCCUGGAGCUUUUUGUGCAGAUGCCCAGGAACAGCAUUUAUGAUGGCAUCACUGUUACAUAUGGGAGCAGUCUUCUUCAGAGGCCAGUGUCUGAAGAUAGCAUUAAAGUGUUGGUGGACAACUUAAAUCCAGGAGCGCAAUAUGAAUUCCAUGUGUUUGUGACCAGCAGUGAUAUAAGAAGUGAAGGUUUUGCUUUGCCACCUGUCAGAACCUGUUUGGCUCCUCCCACACAUGUGCGUGCUGGUGUUGUGACUGACAGCUCCAUAGAGUUGCUUUGGGACAGAGCUGCGGGUGACGUCCAUCAGUAUGAGGCGCUGUGUUUGAACUGCGCUGAUACGGUCGUGGUACAGAAGGUUGGGGAUACCAGAGCAAUAUUUAAAGAUAUAAUCGCUGGAAAACUCUGUAACUGUUCAGUCCGGACAGAGAAGGAGUUUUUCAGAGACAGUCCAGCAGUGAUGACUGCGAUCAGAGCCGCUCCCAGUUCAGUCACUUUGCUCCCGGUGGAAAGGUCAUCGGCAUCCCUGACCGUGCGCUGGAGGGCCGGCCGGGGGGUUUGUGACUCAUUCAUCCUGUCCAUCAGAAACUCAACCUUUAUCCUGCACACCAAUCUGAGCGUGUCCGAUGAAGGAACGUAUCACCUUGAAAACCUGUUACCUGGAGGUGUGUAUGUGAUUGAAGUGAGCAGCGUUAGUGGAGACAGACGAAGUUUACCUGCAACGACAACUGUUGUCACAUUUCCAGAACCUCCUGGUGACAUCAUUUUCGUUGAACAGGAAAUGAACAGCAUGUAUGUCAUAUGGCCACGCCCACCAGGCAGAGUGGAUGGGUACAGGUUUCAGUAUGGGCCUGCAGGUGAACCUCUCCGACAUCUGACUGAUCUCCAUGACAACAGUGUCAGGAUUCAUGGCUUAACACCAGGAAGUGAUUAUAGGUUUGAGAUCCAGUCCUUCCUAGGGUCAGAUUUCAGCCAGACCACAUCCAAAAACUUCUCGACUCGUCCAGCCGGUGUAUGUUCGCUGUCUCAGUCUCGAGCUAAUGUCACGACUGCUACAGUGACAUGGGAAGCUGCACACGGCUAUUUUGAUUGUUAUAGGGUGACCGUCAGUAACAUUUCUCACAACUGGACAUUAAACUUGAGUCCUCGUGUACAGGACGUCACCAUCAGUGACCUGCGGGCCGGCUGUUCAUACAACACCACUGUACAGCGAUUCAGAAACAGACUGAGCGGCACUGCUGCCACACUCACCAUACAGACAGUUCCUGCCAGUCCUGAGGGUUUGCGUGUGCUAAGCGUGUCGCCACGUGAUUUCUCCAUCCGCUGGUUGGCAUCGCCUGGCUGUGAUAAAAACGACCUGGUCCAAGUGCUUCCUGACCAGGGCGAAAUUAACAUCACGACCACAACAGACAACUUCAUCCAGGCUACGGUCUCUGGCGUAACACCCGGCACAUCAUACACAGUCACUGUGGGUGCGGUGGCCUCAUCCGGGCUCAGUUCACCUGUCAGUCGAAUACUGGUCACCACCAAUGAAUCCUUACCCGCUGCCCCCUCUAAGCCGGAGGGGGAAAGGGUGGGCUCCACUGGAAUCCUUCUGUCCUGGCGGAUGCCCAUGCCCCCCGACCCCACCAUUCAUUCAUUCAUCAUCAGAUACAAGGAGAUGUGUCCUUAUCCUGAAUCCACCUUUACUGAGAUCAACAAGAACCUGGACAUCCCAGAAACCCUGUUGAAUACACUCACCCCUGGAGCUACAUACAACAUUAAGGUCGCAGCAGUAAAUAAAGCAGGAAUGGGACCUUUCAGUCAGUCUCUGUACUACAAAACUGCAGAGGCCCCUCCUGGUCUGGUGUCAAACCUCUCGGCGCAACCCGAGGGUCACAUGUCGGCUUUGCUGACGUGGUAUCUUCCUAUACGCAUUAACGGGCUCAUCACUAAGUUCGCCGUGAAAGUCAAGCAUGCCCGAACUGGCCAGAUCGCCCGCACCCUGGAGCUCAACGCAGAGGAAAUCAUGAACGGAGCCUUGCCUCACUGCAAUGAUGCGGCAGACAUCUUAUCUCGUGGUACCCCAAGUCCGGCUGAAUCCACUCAGCUGACCUCUGCCGUGUUGCCAAUGGUUACUCUCUCAGCUGUCCCGCCUGCCUCCAGCUGGAAUGUUCCAAUUAGUGUGAAAAUUAAUGAGCUCCGCCCCUACACACCUUACGUGUUUGAGGUCUCCGCCUUCACGAGUGACGGGGAGGGGCAAAUCGCCAGUACAAUGGUUCGCAUGCCGGAGGCUGCACCUGAAGAUCCUCCACAAAACAUUUUGGUGAAGAACAUCACAUCCAGAUCUUUGUCUCUAACUUGGGAGCCUCCGAAGAUCAUCACUGGACGCUUCAGUUACGUCAUACAGCUCCAAAGCCCAGCAGGGUUAAUAAGUGAGAACAACACAUUCGAACUGACAUUUACUUACAAUGGACUGACUCCUUACACGUUAUACUACAUCUAUCUCAUGGCCAAAUCUGCAGGAGCCACAGGACCGCCAGCAGUGAUCAACGUUACAACACUAGCAGAAGCCCCCAGUGCUGUGUCUAAUCUGAUAGUGGAUUCUGUCGACUCGACAUCUGUACGUCUGUCAUGGAAAACCCCAAGUCAACCGAAUGGACUCAUCACACACUAUAGGAUCCUAGUGUGGCAUUACAAUACACUUGUACAGGAUAUCACCCUGCGAGGACAGAACAUCACUCAACCGAUGCGUCGAAAUACAAGAUCACUUGCCGAGGUCACAACGGGAACUGUCUUUACUUUGACUCCAAACGAAACUUCUACUAUAGGCUUCGGUUUAACCCGUGAUGACCAAACAAUCACACAAAUGACCUCUGAUCUUCCUCUGACACCAAGCACACCCCAAACUCCUCCGCCUUGGCUCACGAUGACCCACAACACAGUGCAUGCAUCUGUUGAGGCGGAGACAGAGGCCGUGACCAAAGACCCUUCCACUGAACUUUCACCAUUCACUUUAAGCACUGACCCGACGUCAUUGGUUAACUUUAGCCCCUCCCAUCCUCGUCGCUCCACCAGGGCAGUGGCCACAAACUACACCCAACAGACAAACUCUCCAACACGAGUUGGCACUACCAUUGGAAUAGAGGUCCUACCAGCCACUGAAGAGACUGUAGACUUCUUAUCCAAUCAGAUGUUGUACGUGGUCAGAAGACUGAGUCCUUUCACAGACUACAAAUUUAGCGUGACGGCGAACAACAUCAUGGGAGAAGGACCUUCCACCCAAGUUACAGUAAAAACAACUGAACAGGUGCCCAGCUCGGUUCAGUUUGUGUCCUAUCAGAACAUAAGCUCCACCUCCAUCCGUGUCAGCUGGGAACCGCCUCUCAAUCCUAACGGCAAGAUAACUUAUUACACCGUGUAUGCACACAAUCUCCUUACCAACCAGAAGUUACAGGAAAUGACAAACACUACCAGCAUAGUGCUUACAGGUUUAGAGAAGUACAGCAGUUAUAAGUUGCGUGUGGCGGCGUCUACUGCUGCGGGGGAAAGUCCUCUGAGUGAGGAAGACUACAUCUUUAUCCUUACACUAGAGGAUGAGCCCGAUUCGCCCCCACGGAAUCUGGCUGUGGUGAAAACCACGUCUUCCACCGUUACUCUCAGUUGGUCCCCACCGGAGGUACCCAAUGGCAUCAUCCGGCAGUAUGAAGUCUCGUACAGCAACGGCACGUAUGACAACACGAUCAACAGCACAUCACCGAGCAUCACGUUGCGUCAUCUGAAGCCCUACACGCACUACAAUGUGACGGUUCGUGCGUACACACAACACGGCCAUGGGGAUCAGAUCUCUGAUACGCUUCAGAUGCUGUCUGGAGAGGAUGUGCCUGGCAGUCCACCCUACGAUCUGAUCUAUGAGAGCAUCGGAUCCAGCGAGGUGAACGUCUCAUGGUCUCCACCGCUUCUUGCAAACGGUAUAAUCUUGUUUUACAACGUGGAUUACUGGAACGCCACACACUCUCUGAACCAAACCACAAAUGUCCCCUUCGCCAUCCUAUCUAACCUGAGGAAGUAUACACGUUACCGGGUCAGCGUGCAAGGUGCCACAUGGGUCGGCAUGGGAAACCAAACCAGUGAGAUUCUGAACAUCACCACACUGGAAGACGUACCAAGUGGUCCGGUCCACAACCUGACAGUGAAGGUCUUCAGCUCCACGGCGGUCGUGAUCAGUUGGGACCCUCCUCUGGAGCCCAACGGCAGAGUUUUCUACCUGCUGAACUUGGAGGAGGCGGGCUCGACCCAUCCCUUCGUCAACCGCACGGUCAACGCCACUAUCUCCACCUCAACCACGGAAAAUAUCUACCUGUUCACCAAGCUCAGGAAAUAUUUCCCCUACAUCAUUAAAGUGACCCCAGCAACCGGCGCCGGGUCGGCCGUAAAUCACACCGCAAUGCUACACCUGCGAACUGCUGAAGAUGUUCCAGGCUCUUCUCCAUUACCAGGAGUGAGCAGAAAUCUGUCUUGUACCUCCAUUUAUGCGACGUGGUUCCCUCCAGUCGAGGCCAACGGAGAGAUCGUCAAUUAUGCCAUCGUGUUACAGGGCUCUGGGGCCGAAAACAGAAGCUUCACCCCUGAAACACAUGUUACACUGACAGAUCUCACUCCAUUUACUCCGUACAAUCUCUCGGUUGCCGCGGUAACCCGUCAGGGUGUCGGGCCCGCUGUGAUAAUCCCCUUGCAUACUGAUGAAGCAGGCCCAAUGUCCCCACCACGCAAUCUCAGUAUUUAUAACCACACAUCUGAUUCGGUGUGGCUUCAUUGGGAACCCAGUCUGGAACCCAACGGUGUCGUCCAACAUUACAGCUUCAGAAUACUGGAACUGAAAACAAACACCUUCAGAUACCAGAACACGUCAGAUGCGUCCACACAAGCAGAAGUGAACGGCUUCAGACCUCAUAAUUCAUACGAGAUCAGCGUGUCCACAUACACCAGAGCGGGAAACGGAGAGCAGUACAGUUUACCUGUAAUAUUCACCACCAAUGAGUCAGUUUCAGACGCAGUUGGGAAUCUGACCUGCUCUGGAUUAGAUUGGGAUUCAGUGUAUAUGGAAUGGAAACCUCCCAUUUAUCCAAACGGAGAGAUUCUGCACUACAUCAUCCGAUCUGAAGAUCAAGAGGAGAAAGCUCAUCCUUUCUUGCUCUCAAACACAUUGGUCCACACAUUCGCUGGUCUGUUACCCGAUACGUUUUAUAUUAUCAGUGUGGCGGCGGUUAAUUCAGCCGGAACUGGAGAGGAGGCGAACUGUACAGCGCACACUCCACCAGAGUCAGUUCCUGGCCCCUCGCAGUCACUGACCAUUACUGCCGUCUCCUCAGAUAGCGUCUCUUUGAUCUGGCAGCGUCCAGCUCGUGUUCCUGGUCUGUUACAGGGUUACAAUGUGGAGAUUCAGAGAUUGGCUAGAAACUGUGAGAUAAAGGGAGACGUGGAGUCCUGUGUGGAGAGUGAAGAUGUGGAGUGGGUUGAUGGAGAAACCAACGGAGUCACGCUCUCAUCUCUGCUUAAAUACAGAAAAUAUCGCAUCCGAGUGGUGGCUUUCACCAGGGCCGGACCAGGACAACCUUCAGACUGGAUCCACACGCGGACCCUCGCAGGAAACCCUGAUGCUCCUCCUGGUGCCAUCUCAGUGAUUCCUUCUGCCACCGGCUUAAAGGUGGAGUGGGAUGAACCAUCAGUCAUCUCAGGGCCUACAUCAUAUCUCAUUGACAUCAAUGCUCUGGACGGUUCAGGAUAUAAUGUUACCUCAGUGCGAUAUUCAGAGGAGAUCCGGACGGUUGUUGUCGAAAACCUGACUGCAUUUACGCUGUACUCCGUCACUGUUACCGCAUUCACGGGGAACCUUUCUGACGCUCGCAGCAAUGGCAAAGUAUCUAAACCUGUCCUCAUCAGAACCCUGGAGGUCGAGCCCAAAGAUCCCCCUAAAAAUGUGACCUUUACCGUGAAUCCAGAGGAAGUGACGCGCGUUUACUUGACGUUCUCUCCUCCCGAUGAGCCCAAUGGAAACAUUAGCGCGUACCACGCCGCCAUCUACCGCGACGGACGGCUAGUUUUCAGUAUCGACAGCCUGCAGUUGGUCAGCAACCCCAAUAACACCAUGACGGCUGUUAUAGAAGGACUGAAGGGUGGAUUCAAUUACAGCAUACGGAUAGCAGCAGUGAAUGGUGCCGGUUUAGGACCAAGUUCAGAAGUUCAGAUCACCACAGGUGUGAAAGCCCCGCCCAAGCCUACGAGGAGGCCACGAGCCGCUCUGAACAGUGCAGGUGCUGUCGUCACAACCGCUAAAACCAUCUCCAUUGAGAUGCCUACAUGUUUCUUCACCGAUAACCAUGGACCAAUACAGAAAGUCCAGGUCAUUGUUUCUGAGCCAGCAGUGAUGGACUAUGGUAAUCUGUCCAACUGGAAGAGUGUUUUCCUCCAGCCGACUGCUCCGUACCUGACCGAUGAAGGCUUUCUGAAUCCUGCAUGCCCUAAUAAAUCUGAGCGCACGGUCACACAUGACAACACAUACGUCAUAGGAGCGGAUGAGGGCUGUUUGUCUGAAGAUGCUCGUACGCUGUGUAAUGGACCUCUUAAACCUAAAACAUAUUAUGUAUUUAAAUUCCGGGCAACAAAUAUUCGUGGACAGUACACGGAUUCUGAAUACUCAGAACGGGUCAGAACCGCAGGUGACCGCCUGUUGACUCGGGAUGAGCAGAUCAUUCUCGGGGUUCUGCUCUCGGUUUUCUUGGUUUUGUUUUUAAUUCUGAUUAUAUACGGCUCUGUGAGAAUCCACCGCAGGCAGAAGGAGGGUGGGACGUACUCUCCACGUGAGGCUGAGAUCUUUGAGACGAAGUUCAAGCUGGAUCAGCUGAUCUCCGUGGCUGACAUGGAGCUCAAAGAAGAGAAGAUCAAUCGGUACUCUUCUUUCUUCUUUAGGAGGAAGGAGAUUUUUGUCAUCCAGCUGCUAAGUUACAGGAAAUCUCUCAGGCCAAUCAGUAAGAAAUCAUUUCUUCAACAUGUGGAGAGUCUUUGUGAUAACGACAAUGCCAAGUUUCAGGAGGAGUUUGCUGAAUUGCCAAAGUUUCUUCCGGAUUUGGCCACAUCAGACGCUGACCUGCCGUGGAAUCGCUCCAAAAAUCGCUUCACUAACAUUAAACCCUAUAACAAUAACAGAGUGAAGUUACUGUCUGAACCGGGAAUGCCGGGAUCUGACUACAUCAAUGCCAGUUUUGUCUCUGGUUAUCUGUGUCCGAAUGAGUUCAUAGCCACACAGGGUCCACUGCCCAGUACCGUGGCAGACUUCUGGAGGAUGAUUUGGGAGACGGGGACCAGAACUAUUGUCAUGCUCACACAAUGUUUCGAGAAGGGUCGGAUUCGCUGUCAUCAGUAUUGGCCGGAGGACAACAAACCCGUCACUGUGUUUGCUGAUAUAGUGAUCACUAAACUCACAGAAGACGUGCGUCCUGAUUGGACAAUUCGAGCACUUCGAGUGGAGAGGCACGGUCACUAUAUGAUUGUUCAUCACUUUAACUACACAUCAUGGCCAGAACAUGGCGUUCCCGAGUCCAGCUCUACUCUCAUCCAGUUUGUCAAAGCGGUCCGGUCCAAUCGAAGCAAUGACAACACAACCAUAGUUGUCCACUGCAGCGCUGGUGUUGGAAGGACCGGUGUGUUUAUAGCUCUCGAUCACCUCAUUCAGCAUUUGAGGGAUCAUGACUUUGUGGAUAUUUACGGUCUGGUUGCAGAACUCCGCGGUGAGCGGAUGUGCAUGGUGCAAAACCUGGCCCAGUAUAUGUUUCUGCAUCAAAGCACUUUGGAUCUGCUGUCGGCUAAAGGGAACCCUCAGUCCAUCUGGUUCGUCAACUACUCGGCUCUGGAGAAGAUGGAUUCAUUAGAUGCCAUGGAAGGUGAUGUGGAAUUGGAGUGGGAGGAGACAACGAUGUAAUGUAAGGAAGCUUUGUUUCCUGUCAGCUGUUCAUCUGUGUCUGAUGGUUGUGAGGAGAACCUCAUUGAAAGCCCCACAGACGCUGGGAAUCGGGGCCAAACAAAGAAUAUAAGAGGAAUUUAACAUUAUAUAAGAUUCACACACAUUUCUUUUCCUCAUCUGAUCAGUGUCUUUGAUUCAUUUACAUCCAGCAGACAGUCUCAUCCAUCAAGGAUGUUCUUCUGUAUCUUCUGUAAUUCUCUUAUCUCUACCUACACUGUUUGAUAACUCCUACAUAUGGAGUCAAAGCAGUACAGACACCGAAAUUAUCAGUCUGUUUUCAAAGAAAGUCAAAGAGUUGUUAUGAGUUUGGAGCUGUUAUACUGUAAACAUGAUGAUGCAGAUAUUAAAUCGGCUCUCUGGAGCAUUGCGUCUGCUGUUACACAGCUAUAAAGACAUCCUGAUCGUGCUCUGUAGGGAUUUUAAUUAAAUGUAAGAUUAUUGUUCAGGAGAACUACAGUAUGACUGAAUAAUACAUCUGAAAACUGAAACAGCAAAUAUGUAAUAAUUGACAACUGGACUAGAGACGUUCAUAUUGUUCCCUUUUAACCGAAGGUAAAAUUUAUGUCCGAGAGGCUUUUGUGCCUAAAAAGUACAUAUUUAGGUGUGCAAUGUAAGGUUAAAACAUUACAUAUUUUUCACAUACCGCACAUUAUUGUUGCUCCUUUUUGCCUCGUCUUUCUAAAACACAAUGAUUUUGCAAAACUCAUCGUUCAGCUAAACAUUGCGUUGUGAUUGGCCGAAUACCUCAAGCGUGUUAUGGAAAGUUACGCCUCUUACCAUGUUUGGAAUAUCAGCUUUCCAAAGCAAAGCGUCUCCAUGACAUGGCUGCAGCAACAAUACUACAGCAAGAAUAAAAGUUACGCCUUCGUUCUUUACGUAUACAUUUGGGUGGUGUUAUGCAAAUCUUUUAGAAAAAAUAUCUUUUUGGGUAUGAGAUAUAAUCUUCACAGAUCUUUACAUGCACAAAUAUCUUUUAACACUCCAAAGACAAAGGAAAACAUGAAAUUGCAUCAUAUGACCCAUUUUGCCACUUUUCUAUUCCUAAUUUGUGUGAAUUGUGUCUCAUAUGUACGAGAAAUCAUUUGUUGUGCAUAUGUGUCCGUGUUUGAGUAUGGUUUGGAAGUUGCACGGAGAUGUACCUGGGUGAUUCUCAUGAAAUUAGACUAAAAAAAGUAAAUGCUAUCAAGAAGCAUACAGUUACAAACAUGUACUUUUUUGCACAUGAUUUCAAAUGACCAAUUUUGUUGUUUUUUCCACAUUUAAGGGGAACAUUUUCAUUACCGCAACGCGUCCAUGACUGGAUUUGGGUUCUUUGUCAUGGAAAUAUUUAUAAUUUAAAAAUCUAAAAAAUAAAAAGUUUUUUUUCAUUGCAUGUUAUACUAUAAACAUUAAAGGUAAAGAAACAUGUGGUAUUUGGUGAUCAUUGGUAAAUGUAGAGACAAUAAUAAGGAGCAAGACCAAUUUUCUCAUCCUUGACCAUUUUUUAAAUCAUUAAAUCAAAAAAUUUGUUGUAAGGGACAUAAUUAACUGUGACACUCAAGAUGGCUACCAAGUAAGCAGUUCUUAUUUUUUCUCUCUGGAUAAAAAGUUGAAAUUUUGUUUGUCAUAAUACCUAGAAAACUUUUUAAUUCUCAUUACUGAAACAUGAGUUUGUAAAUGCAUAUAUUUAAUGUAAUAUAAUGUUGUGGUAAUGAUCAUUUUUUAUAAUGAUAAUCUAAAAAAUUUAAAUAAUUCUGUAGGAAAUAGUAAAUUCAGACCUUAAUCUUACAUGUGCAAAAGAUUCUGAUGCUGGACAUCUUCUAAAUCUGGAUUGUGAGAAUCACCCACCUGUGUGCACAACAUGACGUGGUACGUUUCUGUCUCGUGUGCGUCUGGACAGACCUUCGCUGAUCGCCUAUGUCCUAGAUCCUGACCAUAAACAUUUCUCUUUUUGCAUAAACAGAGAAAGAAGACUCAAAAGCAAAACCUUUUGAGAUAUGUCCUGCUUUUCUCAACCAAUCAGAAUUAAGCAUUCACCAGCCUCAUGUUGAGUCUAUUUCAUGAAGUGUAUGAGAAGGGAAUUGUAAUGAAUUUAAAACACAAAGAAUAAAUGUUUAAAAAGCCAUUUUUAAUCUUUUAUUAAUCUUAAAUCAAAAGAAGUUGUGAACUGUGUGAUCCACGGUGAGAAAACAGCAAUUAUCCUUUGUGUUUCUUGCUCUUUAUCACACACAAGUUUUAGCCUGGAGCUAUGAGGUUUAAAAUAAAGCAUCAGACAGCACAUCGCUCAAGUUUUAGUUAAUGUUGCGCCGUCAUUUAUUUGAUGUUUGUUUAUAUUAUUGUGCAAGAUGAUGUGUCUGAGAAAUGAAAAAUAAACAGCUUUCAUUACUUUUUGACUUGACAUGUAUAGGAAUGUGUAAAUAUUAACUUAAUAAACCUCCCGUUUCACUCUUUUUGUUUUAAUUACUCAUAACACUGUUAGAAACCAACAUCUGUCUUCUUAUGAACAUGUGGAAAAAUUACUUUGCUUUAUCAUAAAUUAUCCAGCCAAACUGUGUCAGAUGACAUAUUUUAUGUUGUGUGUAUAUUUGAAAGUAUUUGUGUUUUAAAAUAUAUAAAUAUAUUGUUUUUCUUCCAAUGAUUGUUGCUGAUUUUGUUGCAUGCCUUAAAUAUCAGCUGGUGGUACACAGUCAGAAAAGAUCUUCCCUAUAGCUGAGCUGACACUGGGGCGGCACCCUUUAAAAAGGUCUUAAUAUCUACCAUUUAGCUACAGAUUUUCUUAACAUUUGGUAACAAUACGUGCAUUGUUGUGCUAAUACGUACCUUUGAGGUACUAAUAUGCACUAUUUGGUACUUUAAUAUCUACUUCUGAGGUAUGGGUGAG